AUGGCUCACGAGAAACGCAUCUAUCUCUUCGGCUUCCUGGGCACCAGUCUGGCCGUGCUCGGCGUGGCGGCCAUCAUCGCCAUUCCCGGGCUGAUCUCGCUGCUGGUGCACCAGCGCAUGGCGCUCAUUCCCAGCAAUCCCUCCUACCCCCUCUGGCGCGACCUCGACCUGCCCAUCUACCAGAAGUUCUACUUCUUCAACGUCACCAAUCCGCGCGAGGUGGAGGUGGAGGGGGCGACGCCUAAUCUGGUGGAGGUAGGCCCCUUCGUCUACCGCAUCAACAUCAGCAAGAGCUCUCUGAGCUUCCGCGACAACCAGACGAAACUGACGUUUAGGGAGACGAAGCGCUACUACUUUGAUCGCAAUCUUUCAGUAUCCGAUCUCGAUGUUCAGCUAACCACACUGAACGUUCCACUGGCGGUCGCCUACGACACCAUCGACCUCGCCUCGCUGAACUUCUUCGUGCGGCAGGCGGUGAAGAAGCUGCUCGCCUCGCAGAGCUUCUUCAUCACCGCCACCCCCGAUGAGCUGCUCUUCAAGG